AUGAACCUGGAUUCGAUUCUCGAAGAAGAACUCGGGGACGGUGAUCUUGCAUCAGUUGCUUACAUGAAUGGGAUUGAUCGUGAAGGCCGGCCGAUUUGCUACAACAUCUUUGGAGUUCUGGAUGAUGAGGAGCUCUACAAGAAGACAUUUGGAACAGAGGAAAAGAGGACUCAGUUCUUGAGGUGGAGGGUUCAGGUUAUGGAGAAAGGUAUCCAGAAGCUUGAUUUCAAGGCUGGUGGUGUCAAUUCCUUGAUCCAAAUCAAUGAUCUCAAGAAUUCUCCUGGACCAUCUAAGAAGGAAGUUCGGAUUGCUACAAAGAAAGCUGUUUCGCUUCUGCAGGACAACUACCCUGAAUUUGCUGCCAAAAAUAUAUUUAUCAAUGUUCCCUAUUGGUAUUACGCUUUGAAUUCAAUGUUGUCACCAUUUUUAACCCAAAGAACCAAAAGCAAAUUUGUGGUUGCUCAUCCUGCAAAGGUCACAGAGACUUUGCUCAAGUAUAUUCCAAUUCAAGAAAUCCCUGUUCAGUAUGGUGGUCUGAAAAGAGAUGAAGAUUUCGAGUUUUCGACCAUUGAUGAUGAAGUUUCAGAAAUCAUAAUCAAGGCUGGAUCAACGGAAACUGUUGAAAUCCCAACCCCAGAGAUUGGGACUACAUUCAUCUGGGAUGUGGCAGUACUUGGUUGGGAGGUGAACUACAAAGAAGAAUUUGUGCCAACUGAUGAGAAUUCAUACACCAUCAUUGUGCAGAAGGAGAAGAAACUGGCCUCCAAUGCCGGACCAAUUCGCAAGACUUUCAAGAACCAUGAACCUGGGAAAAUCGUCUUGACGAUUCAGAACACUUCGAGCAAGAAAAAGAAGGCGUUUUAUCGGUACAAGUUUAAGAAAUCCAGCCUGUGA